AUGGAAGACAGAUGGCUAGAUGAUGAUGAUUAUGGACAAAAAGAGUACGAAACUUUACAAAACGCAAAUUUCUCUAUGUUAGAUCAAGAACGAGAAGAAUAUGAUAAUUUCGGAAAUGACUAUGACACUGGAUUCGAAAUUCAAUACGAGAAUGAAAGAAUGGAACUAGAGAAUGAUGUUAUGGAAUACGAGAAUAACAUGAUGGAGUUUGACAAGGAUGAAACGGAUGCGCAUCAAAAUCGAAAUUUAGAAUUCUUACCAGUGCUUGACGACGAUUUUAUAUGGAGAACAGGCCCUGUCAUCAAGUCGUUCACUAAAGAUGUCUAUAAUCAAAUAGUCGAAAACUGGUAUGCGAUUUUUUUGAGGCACAUAUUUAAAUUGAAUCGUUUUAGUUUUUCAACUACCAAAAAAGACGAUUUUUCGCUACCGAAAUUCUCAGAGCCAGGAUCGAAGUUUGCGAAGUUUUUUGUAGAAAAUGGAAAUGUUGAGGAUGGACUAGUUUGGUGGAAAAAAGCAAAAGAAGGUAGAACCAGACCUCGUGCCCGAGAAGUUUCUUUCAAUGGAACUAAAGUACGUUACUACUCAGCCAACUCUCCAAUUCUGGAUGAAUUCAAAAAAUAUACUAUCUACCCAGAAGGAUCUGAAUAUUACUUUGUUUUAUAUACAAGCACCCACUCUAAUGUCGACUACACAAGUUUAAAAAUUGACAAGAAGAAUAACAUUUCAGAUAGUGCACUGAAGGAAGUUUACGGCGCACUUGAUAACCGAACUGUGAAUAGCGCUUAUGAUUUUUUAAAGAGAAAUAACGUAAAUGUGACUAAAAGACAGGUUCGAAAUCAAGUGAGAAACCAGCCAAGAGCUGUUCGUUCAAACCGUGGACGCAUGUGUGUAACAACACCAGAAUUGUUAGCGGAGUUGGCCUUUCAGAAAGAUAUAUCAAUGUUCACGACAGGUAGAAAGCGUGUAUACGGUAAUCAAGUGAUGCUCAAAAAUUCAGGAAAUUGGUUCGGAUUAGUUUACAUUGAUAUGGAUCUAAUAAGAUGCUUCGUGAAAGGUCUUCCAAGCUCAGAAGAUGUGAAAGAUUAUAGAAAAGGUCUAAGCGGCUGUUCCAGUUCGGAUCAACAAAAGUUGAAUGAUUUUGUUGAAUCAUACAGAAAAGAAACCAACAGUGGAAUUGUUAACAGAAUGGCGGGUCAGCUACAAUUGGAUUCAACUUUCGAUUUAUGUGAUCUGGUGGUGACAGUGUUGAGUGGCGAUUUUAGUUCCUACAGAACAGUGAGCUCUGGCAAGAUUCGUCAUUCUGUAUUGGGUUUCAUGCUUUCAACGUCAAAAUGUGCUGACGUUCAUCAGAAAUUUGCAGACGAAAUUGAUAAAGCAUUUUUGAAGAUCGAUCCUCGUACGAAAAAAACAAUGCCGUCGUUUGUAGUAGAUGAAGAGGAUUCGUUCAAAGUAUACAGAAACAAAUGGCGAGGUCUUGGGUGGAUGUCUGAAUGUUCUCAACAAGACUCAAUUAAAACCGGAAUAUCAGGAUUGAAUUGUGACUCGAUUCGUCGAAAGUGGUUAUUGGACCGAAUCGACGACUUGUUUGAGACGCACAGCAUUCCAAGUAGAAUCAAUGGUGGUCUCCUACUCAACUACGUAACUACCAAUAGAAUCGAGUGCCUUAACUCUAGAAUUAAAUUGGAUUUCGGACCGAAAACUAAUGGAAAAAAGUGCACUGAGAAAUUGAUCGAAUUUAUGAGCAGUAUGUUUUUCGUAAUCCACACCAGAAAAAUCGACGAAAAAACCGAAUACUGUAAUGUGAUUCUAUUCAAUAACAGUUCUACUGUUUCGUAUGUGAAAUACAAACAGAUCAGUAAUACGUCCGCUCAUGCUCGUGCAGCACGUCUCCUCGAAGAAGGAUUUCAUGAUUUUUCCGUUCCUUUCACUUUGGAGGUCCCUAGGAACAUCUGGAAGUGUAUGUCACGAAAUAUCAGUUGUUUUUUGAAAACUAAAUUUGUAGCAGUACAAAAUGGCUUGAGCUUAAAGAAUGUGUUCACCAAAAAAGUAUAUUUCCACAGCGACGACGAGGCAGCCGUUGAGAAUGACGAUGGUUAUACAAAAAUUAAUGUAACCGAUGCGACCUGUUUGAGCAAAAAGUGUGCCAAGAACGCUUCUGUAGUUUGCAUUCACUUGAUCUCGGUCGGAGCGCAUUUGUCACAAGGAAAAGUACAAAAGUUCUAUUACCAACUUGAGAGAAACAUCAGCGAGCUUAGCAGAAAAGCUAUCACUAAAGCCAGAAAUGAUGGGCGAGUGUCUCGACGAUUUUCCGGACGAAAGUACAACGCUUUUUCACAUGAUAAUACUUCCAGAACCAUCCGAAGAUUCGUAUCGGCAAGAGAUUCUUCUCCGAUCAAGCAGAACUCUGUAUUGGCGAGAAGAUCCAUGUCGUUGUCACCGAUUCCGUUCUCUCCAUCCCCAGAAUGUUCUGUUGAUCUUUCAAAGAACACCACAGGCUUAGACCUUUCAGCAGCUAUGAACGUGAGCUCUGAUUCAAAAUCUAACGCGAAUGUGACUCAAGAAGACUACGAAAACAUGUCCGCCAAUUCAUGUUCAAGUUCUUGGAUAUUGUCAGAUGAGCGCCCGAGAAGAGAACGGUGUGCCUACAAUUUUUUGUACUCUAAUUUAAUGAAUACGUUCAGAAAACAAAAAAGAAGAUACUCUCCGUCCACAUGUUCAAGAUCAGCAAAUAGUAGUAUAAACUAG